AUGGGGAUCCUAUGGAUUGUGAGAAGUUUUGAGAGUGGCCAUUGGAUGCGCCUUAAGGGAUUUUCGGGUGAUGCGCCGGAUCUGGUGAUCGAGGGUUUUCAGUGGGGUAUCUCCCUGUGCGCUGUCAUAGAGCUCAACUGUACCAUCCUCACAGCAUUUAGGACAAGGAAAGGCUUUUAUUUUUGGAGCUUUGUUGUUGCUACAAAUGACAUCGCACCAUAUUCCAUUGGAAAUCUGCUACUGCACAUUGUACAAUCCGAGCCACAAGCUCUGUGCAUCGCUCUCAUAGCCAUUGGUUCGGUCUCAAUGGUUACCGGGCAAUCUGUUGUUUUUAUAUUCCCGUCUCCAUCUGGUUGUUAG